GCAAGAUCGGGUUACAGCGGGUAAUGAGUGCGGGAUCGGCUGGCGAUUGGUUCGGGGAAGAGGCGGGUGAUGAGUGCAUAUAGGCGCAGCGAAGCAGGCAGCAAGCAAGGAGGGAUAAUGAGUGCAGGGCUGGUGCAGCAAGGCUGGGAGUGCGAGGGGGCAAUGAUGGCUCGGUGCAGAGGAGCUGGGCGCGGUGCAGAGGGGAGAGGAAGCUGAUUCGGCGAGCAGAGGCCAGGGGUUCAGAGGGGAGAGUGCAGAGGGGUGUAGGCAUGCAUGACAUGAUUGCCGGUGAUGGCCAGUGCAGAGCUGGAGAUUGACGCAUUCGGUGCAGAGCAGGUGCAGGAAGCAAGGCCGGCAGUGAGGCGCAGAGGAGAGGGAACAGAAGCGUGCAAGGCAGGGCUCGGUGCAGGGCAGGGAUUGGGCGCAGAAUGCAGGCGCGCAGAGGCCAGGGAUGCAGGGCUCGGUGCAGAGCAAGGCUAGGCGCAUGAGCUAGGGGCGUAGGAGCUAGGGGUGCUGAGCAGGGAGCAGGGGCGUAGGUGCAGGGCUGGUGCAGCAAGGCUGGGCGUAGGUGCAGGGCUGGUGCAGCAAGGCUGGGCGUGCGAGGGGGCGAUGAUGGCUCGGUGCAGAGGAGCUGGGCGCGGUGCAGAGGGGAGAGGAAGCUGAUUCGGGUGUGCAGGGAGAAGGCUGGCACGGUGAUGGCUGCUGGUGCAGGGGCAAAGGGGGGGGAGAAGAAAACAUACUUGAUGGG